UUCUGAUGGGAGCUGAGGAGGUUCUGCCCCCUGAUCAUGUGAAGUUGGCUGCACAUAAAAAGGAUCAGCAGGCGCCAGCAGCUGCGUCUGUGGAUCUGCUCUCCAGCACACGGAUCUGUAGUUUCAUCCGAAGUUUUAAAGAUGUACGGACACAACCAAGGAAACCAGUACCCUCCUGGUUACCCUCAAAAUCCUCAGCAGAUGCCAGGAGGAUACCCAAACUGUCCUCCAGGCACCGUCCCCCCACCCCACUACCCUCCUCAGCCCCACGGAUAUGGACCUGGACCUGGUUGUGGCCCAGGACACGGACCUGGUCAUGGACAGGGACACGGACCUGGACAUGGACAAUGCCAUGGACAGGGCCAUGGACAGGGCCAUGGACAAGGCCAUGGACACGGACACGGACAUGGACACGGACAGUGCCAUGGAGACGGCCAUGGACAUGGACACAAGCACAAGCACAAGCAUGGUCACAAGCAUGCAAAGUGCCAUAAGAAAGACAAGAAGUGUCACGGGUCCUCCAGCAGCUCCUGCAGCAGCGACUCUGACUAGACGACGACUCUUCAAGACCUCAAGUUGGCACCUGGAAAACUUUAUCCUCUCAUCCUCACUUGUAUUAUAAUCAAUAUAGUUCUGCCUAAAUGUUUCUUCACAUGUAUUCUUAGAAAUAUAUCUGUUUUAAUACAUAGAGAUGUUUGAAAAUGAUCCUAAAUCAGCAGUGUCGUACUGUAGAAUAAGCUUUUCUUAACAUUACAUGACGUUGGUGUACAGUAAGAGACAUUAUUGUAUCCAUGACUGUGUUUGUGAGAAAGACAUUAAACAGUUUUCUGUGCAUGUUUGAUGCUAUCAAAUG